GGUGAAGGGAUAGCAAACGACUAGACAUGGAAAAGGGGAAGGAGGUAGGAGUAGGGAGGGUCAUGCUAUGGAUAAAGAGCAGGACAGAAAAAAUACCAGAUUAGAAGAUCAAAUAAUGGACAAAAAGAAGGUAUGGGUAGAGAAAGGAAGGAUGGAUACCUGGGCUGGUCUAGAGUAUAAUACCAACAAAGAAGAAUCCUCGUGGCUGGAGGGUUGUUAUGUGGGAACGACUCACUCUGUAGAAAUGGUUAGAAACUUGCAGGAAAAAUUUUAUAUGGAAGGAUAUUUCACCUGCAGAGUUCGUGCAAUGGAAGGAAGAUUAGUGUUGAUGGAUUGUGAAGAUAGAGAAGAGUUGAAAGACUUGGUAGAAUCAGCAUCAGAAUGGCUGGGUCAGUGGUUCGAAAAGGUGUGUCCCUGGUCUCCGGAGUUGAUAGCGAAAGAAAGAUUCAUAUGGAUUAGAUGCCAAGGAGUGCCAUUGAAUGUUUGGGGCCACGACUUUUUUGCAUCCAUGGGGCGGUCAUGGGGUAAGUUCAUUUGUUUGGAUGAUAGCACAAGCCAAAGAAGGAGGUUUGACAUAGCUAGAUUCCUUAUUUCAACCCCGAUCAUGAAUACCAUCUCAGUGUUGAGAGAAAUCAAAAUCAACGGCGAAUCAAAAGAACAUGAAUCAUGGUCAUUGGAGAGUGAGUCUGAGGAUUAUGUGUGGGAAAAACCAGCAGAGAAAGAACAGGGGAUCGGCAGACCAAAGGAACCCGAGCUUGAAGAAGAUGACGUGGAAGGUAGCAGAAGAAAGUUAGGCGACAAGUCUCAAUCACACGUGCAGGUUGAGGAGGAGGAGACAAUGGAGAAGUUGCGGACAGCUUGGAGUGUUUUCAAAUUUCAAACGGUAAACUGGACAGAAAAACAGAGGGGAGAGCAGCACAAGAGGCGGGGAAUGAGGAAAGGUCAGGAAGUUCAAAUGAAGUGGGCAGGGCAAAGUAAGCAAAGAGAACUAGAUGAAGAGGACAAAGUGGUGCAAAGAAGGCUUCCCGCAGCAAAGGAAGAAGAAAAUUCGCCUAUGCAGUUCGGAGACUCGAUUAGAGACAGUGGGAUCCAGAACUGUAAUCGAGCUUUGAGAAAGCAACUGCAAACCCAGUUAGUGAAGGACAUAUGGGAUUUAGCCAAAAGGUUGGGCGCCAUAGCGGAGAAUGAUGAGGAGAUAUUGCAAAAAAUUAAUGAAAUGGAGGGUAGAGAUAAACGAAGCAGAGAAAACUUAGAGAGGCGAGCGGCAGAGGAUGCAAAGAAGGAGACGAAGAUGGAGGUAGUUAACAAAAGUGUAUGUAGAAGGAUAUGGGGAACCGAUGAAUUUGAAUGGAUUUUUAAACCAUCAGAGGGUAUGUCUGGAGGUUUAUUGUGUAUAUGGAGUCGGAAUGUGCUAAAAAGGACAGAGGUGAUUGAAGGAAAAAAUUUCAUAGGAGUUUUUGGGGAAUGGGGGGAGAACCGGGUGGGUGUCGACAUUCUUAAUAUUUACUCUUCAUGUCAUUUAGAAGGAAAAAGAGCAUUAUGGAAGGAGUUGGUGAAUCUGAUUAAUAGUAGAAAAGGUAAUUGGUGCUUGGGGGGAGACUUCAACGCAGCAAGAAAAGUAGGGGACAGAGCAGGGUGUAGUGGAAUGACAGGGGAAAUGGUGGAGUUUGGUAGUUUUAUCCAGGAUGCUGGGCUGGUAGAUUUACCCUUGGUGUGGAACUCAGAUGCAGUGAGUGGAUGGAUGGGAUUUAGACUCAAAGAGAAGCUGAAAAAAACCAAAAAAGCCCUGAAGGAAUGGAGUGCAAAUCACAUGGCGGAUGUGGACAAAAGAAUAAGUGAAGCUGAAAAGAACAUAGCAGAACUGGACAGGAAAGAAGAAAACAGCCAACUCACAGCAGGGGACAUCGAACUAAGGAGAAGUAGCUUCCUUGCCCUAUGGAAGAAUUUGAGAAUCAAAGAGAGCGUGCUGCAACAGAAAUCAAGAAAGAUGUGGUUGAAAGAAGGGGACGCAAACACAAAAUUUUUCCACAGAAGUGUGAAGGGCAGAUGGAGAAGAAACGAAAUUAAUAGCAUCCAGAUCAAUGGGGAGCAAUACAAAGGUGUGACAGAAAUCAGAGAGGGCGUGUUAAGGUAUUUUAAGGGGCUGUUUACAGAAGAAAAGUGGCAAAGACCAAAGCUUGACGGAAUAAGCUUUAGACAACUAGAUGAGAAGGAUAAUGAUCUCUUGAUGGCAAAAUUCACUGAAGAAGAUAUUCAAAAUGCAGUAUGGGAUUGUGACUCGACAAAGUCUCCGAGCCCGGAUGGUUUCAACUUCAAGUUCAUAAAGACAAUAAUCGAGGAGUACAGGCCAAUAUCACUCAUCGGAGCAAUGUAUAAGAUUCUUGCAAAGCUAUUAGCAAAUCGCCUCAGGAAAGUACUUGACAGGAUCAUAGGGGAGCAACAGAUGGCGUUUAUAGAAGGCAGACAGCUGAUGGACGGAGUGGUGAUUGCAAAUGAGGUAAUAGACGAAGCGAAAAGGAGGGGAAUAAAAAUCUUUUUAUUCAAAGUUGACUUUAAAAAAGCUUAUGACAAGGUGAGCUGGGAUUUUGUUGAUUAUAUGCUAAUGAGGACGGGAUUCACAGUUAAGUGGAGAAAGUGGAUAAGGGAAUGCUUGCAAUUGAGUAUGAUCUCCAUCCUUGUGAAUGGAAGCCCCACAAAGCAAUUCUCGGUCAGCAAAGGAAUAAGACAAGGCGACCCCCUUUCGCCUUUUCUAUUCUUACUAGUGGCAAAAGGUUUGAAUGGGCUAAUGCAAUCUGUAGUGGAGAAAAACUUGUUCAAAGGGGUGAGGAUCGGUAACGGAAACAUAGCAGUAUCUCAUCUCCAGUUCGCCGAUGAUACAUUAUUCUUAGGGGAGGCUUCGGAGGAAAACAUACAAGUAGUCAAAUGCAUUUUGAGGACUUUCGAACUUGCUUCGAGGUUGAAAAUCAACUUUGGAAAAAGUCAGAUAAUGGAGAUUGGAACCGAGGAGGGCUGGAAGGAGAGAAUGGCUUGUAGACUGUGCUGCAAAGAAGGAGAUCUACCAUUCAAGUAUCUGGGAAUACCAGUAGGAGGGAAUCACAGAAAGUUAGCAUUGUGGAAGCCACUGUUGGAGUCUUUUAAGAAGAAAUUAGCUAGCUGGAAAGGCCAAAACUUAUCCCUAGGAGGUCGGAUCACGCUCUUAAACUUUGUGUUGUCCAGUUUACCUGUGUAUCUAAUGUCGGCCUACAAAAUCCCCAAAGGUACUCUCUAUUCCUUAGAUAAAAUACGUAGGAAUUUUUUAUGGGGAGGAUUGGGGGAGGAGAAGAAAAUUAAAUGGGUUAGCUGGGAGAGGGUGUGUAGGAAGAAGGAGUGUGGAGGCCUGGGAGUGAAGGACCUAAGGAAGUUUAACCUGGCGUUGAUGGGAAAAUGGUGGGGACGGUUAGCGAAAGGGGAAGAGGGGCUUUGGGGGAAAGUUAUAAGGGGAAAAUAUGGAGGUAACGGGGGACAGUGGAUGGACUGGGUGAGAGAUGGAAGAAGAGUAGGAUCACUUUGGUGGAGAGACCUUCAAAGUCUCAAUGUGGGGGAGGACGGGAAUGAGGGAUGGUUAACAGAGGGAUUUAGAAUGAAGAUAGGUGAAGGGAAAGGGAAGGAAAAAGAUUGUCAACAAAUGGGAGAGGAUCAUAACGGCACAUGGAAGUGGAACAUGACAUGGAGAAGGGCCCUGUUUCAGUGGGAGGAGGAGGCUGAAAAGGAACUGCAGAAGACAAUCAAAAAGGUCAAAAUCUCCCCAGGUUGUGCAGAUAGAUGGGAGUGGAUCCACAGUGCAGAUGGACAAUACUCAAUGACAACAGCUUAUGGAGUACUAACAAAACAAAGGAAGGAAAAGGAUGAGGAGAAAAUAUUCAAGAGAGUAUGGAACCCAACCAUCCCAACAAAAGUAGCUGCAUUCAACUGGAGGGUAUUAAUUGAUAGAAUCCCAACUAGGACUAAUUGGUUCAAUCGGGGAAUCAUAAAAGAAUUGGAAGAAAGGAAAUGCGCUUUGUGUAUGGAAGAGGAGGAAGAUUCAAGCCAUUUUUUCUUGAACUGCAGUGUAGCUAAGUGGCUGUGGAAAGCUUGUACAAAGUGGUGGGGAGUCAAAAUAGUCUUACAAAAAGAAUGCUGGCCAACAUUUCAACACUUGGGAGCGUGGACAAAAAAGCCAUACAAAAAGGAAGGCUGGGACUAUAUAUGGAACGCAAUGUUAUGGACUGUGUGCUUGGCACGCAACAAAAAGAUUUUCGACAAUGCAGAGGUAAACUUGAUUAAGCUUUUUGAACUUAUUCAAUUAAGGUCUUUUGCUUGGAUCAAAGCUAGGAAACUUCAAUCUAUCAGACUGGUUAAUUAACCUUGCUUCUUGCCUUCAUAAAGCAUAGUAGGAUAUGUUUGAAAGAGGGUAGUAACACGGAAGGGAUUGUAAUUUGUUCUUGGAAAUGGGUUAGAGUACCCCUUGUACUCAAGUUAUCAAUAUAAUUCUCUUGGCUGU